AUGUGUAGGUUACCAUCGAGACCGAUUUACUCUUUGUUGUCAGUAUCCUCCCUUGCAGGAACGUUACCUCAAAAGAUAGGAAGACCAACAGUUUUGUCAACGAAUAAGCUUACAAACAUACUAGCUACAACUGUACGAAAAUACAGUAGCGAUACAAAGUCAAUAGAAAAUGCACUUACAGGGAAGGAAUUUCGGUCUCGAAGAGCAGUUUUUUACGUUCCCGGCGGCGAAGAACGUAAAAUAAAAUCAUCAUUAAAAUUAAAAGCUGACUGCAUUGUUUAUGACCUUGAAGAUGGUGUUGCGUUCAAUCGAAAGGGAGUUGCUAGGGAGAUGGUGUUUGACACGUUAGAGGCUUCAGAAUUGGGCAGGUUUGAGCGGGCUGUCAGGAUUAAUUCAGUAGGAUCCGGUCUUGAAUUAGAUGAUCUGAACGUCAUAUUAAGAUCGACGCAUCUUCAAGCAAUAGUUAUUCCAAAAGUACAGUCUGCCAAAGAUAUCCAAUUUGUCAGUCGUAUGAUUGACUCUGUUGCAAAGGAGACAACGCGAGCUAGUAUUCGUUUAAUUGGUUCGAUUGAGAGCGCAUUGGGCAUUAUGAAUUUGAAGGAGAUUGCGACAUCCGAUGGACGAUUAGAUGCCCUUAUUUUCGCUGCAGAAGAUUAUUGCGCUGAUCUAGGGCUUACAAGAACGUCAUCGCGGAAGGAGUUUUUAUAUGCACGGCAAGCAAUCGUAACCGCUGCAUGUGCUUAUGGCUUACAAGCAAUCGAUUUGGUUUGUCUUGAUUAUAAGAAUGACGCGAUUCUUGCAGAGGAAUGCCAAGAAGGUAGAGAAAUGGGAUUUGUAGGAAAGCAAGCUAUACAUCCUCAGCAGGUUGAUAUAAUACACAAGACUUUCUUGCCGGACAAAAAAGACAUAAACAGAGCAGUCAAGAUCUUGAACGGAUACAAAGAACAUUCCGAAAAGGGCAUUGGCGUGUUCAGUUUGGACGGCAAGAUGAUUGAUCUCCCAAUGGUAAAAUGGGCGCAGAGAAUGAUUUCAAGAGUGAAAGCAGUUGACAUGCCCAUUCCCGAUGUCGAGACAACAAUAAAUAGUGGUAAAGCAUAG